CUCGAGGUGGUCUCUCGUCCGUGGUCGGGUUGGCGUUAGUUCAACGUUCAAGUGCAAUGCGCCGGCACAUCGCAGGAGUCAGUGUCGGUGCGAGGUUGCGCCGUCGCCACACUCGCGCCCCCACGCGGCCUACAUUUUAAAUUCGUCGUUCGACUAACUGAGUACGAUCUAGCACACAAAUUGUUCUUUGAGAAAAAGAGAAUUGUGACUUAGUGUACGUGUGUUUUUGAACAGUUAAAUGUUGAUCGUCGUUAUUUGUUGGAUAUUAUUUUAAGAGAAUGCAAUCCAAGUGAUAUGUGGCUAUGGACUUGCAUCUUACACGUGUAGCGACAUAACAUUGUGGUAAUGAGAGAGUAGUAGAAGAAGGCAAGAUGCACACGAUGGACACUAUGGGCACGAUGUACGGCCACAAGAAGUACCGGCCGCCGAUAUCGCCUACCAGCUUUUAUCAUCACGACUAUUACUCCCGACACGCAACACUAAGACCUCAAUCUGUAUUACAGAGCGAGUAUCGGUUCGCGGGCGGGGGCUACCCGCGCGUGCCGGUCAGCGGAGCAGGGAGAGACGCGCGGGGCGGGGGACUGUGCUCCGCGGCGCUUGUGGCUGGCGCGUUGCUGGCCGCCGUGGCCGUGCUUGCAGUCGCCGCGCUCGCCUUCUACAUGGGCGCCCUCAGACCUGACAACGGGGAACCAAUUAUGACAUUCGAGGGUAACUUCCGUGUGACGCGGGGUGACGUGUACGGGGGCGUGCCCGGCAGCCCCGCGUGGAACGAGCGCGCGCGCCGCUACAGCGUGGGGCUACGGCAGGCCCUUGCCGCGCCCUCGCCCCUGCGACAGGCCUUCGUCGGUGCUAUGGUCACCGGCUUCGGGGAUCGGAAACUAGAUGUACACUUCAGAAUAUACUUGGAUAGAAGAAAAAUACCGAGUUCUGUAUCGAACAUAGAAGAUUCUCUAAAGAAUAUUAUAGUUCAGGAUUUGUUAUCAAAACAACCUUCAUUUGGUCAAAUAAAAAUAGAUAUAAAUAGCAUAGCGAUUAAAAGAGACUUGAAACACACUUAUCAUUCAGAGUCCCAAGUAAUGGAAGCCUUAAAUGAAACUUUAGCAAGUUAUCAACCUAAACAAUUAUCGAACCAAAACGGCAGUGAUAAGACCCUCCAAAGCAGGAUAGGUGUUGUCCGGAAGACUACCGUUAAGCCCAACCAAUCUUCAAAGAAAAGAGAUCCAGAUGAACCUGAUAUAGAUACCGAAAACAUUCCAGUAGUACAAGGUUCCUUUCAAAUAACAAAAACAGAAGCAGACAUAACAGAGAAUAAACAUAGCAACCUACCACCAAAGCGUGAUGAAAAACCCAGUCACAAACCACUACCGGUAAAAUCAACUACAACAACUAAAGCACCUACCACAAAAGUAACAACAACACAACAACCAACUACUAAGACAACCACGGUUUCUUCUACAUCUAAACUGAAGCCUUUUACUAUAAUGUCUAAUCUAGGUAUAAAAACAAGAACGUCUUCGACACAAAAACCAGAAACAAGUUUUAAAACUACUAAAAGACCUCCAACCAGAUCUACGACAACAUCGACAACAACUUCAACUACCACUCUACAAACUACUACGGCGAAUGUUUCGCAAAUAUUAUUCGACCUUCUAACGAAUGAUAAUCACGACAAAGAUUUACCAAAGAUUGAUACAUUAUUUACAGUACCACAUGUCAUUGACAAUGAACCUUGGCGUCCGAUCACAAGACCAUAUUACGAAACAACAACAAGUAAACAUACGACUCAAGGUACAGAAACUGUAACUGAACCUACUGCGAAAGAUCGAAUUGGAGUAGCCGAAGUUGUUGAAGAUAUUUCAAUGCUAGAAAGCAUGUUAACUCCGAAUCCACCGACACAUUACACAGAGAAAACAACUAGAAGACCAUCUGGUUUAUACAAUAUUGAUCCAAAUUUAGCGGCAGACAUUUAUGUCCCUAGCCCAGUCUAUACUAGUUUUACUUUACCGAAGUUUGCACCACCACUAAAAGAUUUGGAAACGCUCGGAUCAAUGUACCCUAAACCUUUUCCUUUGCCUGUAGACAAAAUUAGUGACGUUAAACAGAAUAUGAAAGAAACGAAUUUAGACGAUGCCGAUGAUGGGAAACCAAUAAUGCGACCACCUAAAGAGAAAACGACUUCUACGAUGAUAAAUGUUUUACGACCGGGCCCGCAAGAUAGUACAGAAAGCAAUAGUACAGAAAGAGUUUCGAUUGACGGUACAUCAAUAUUAAAGAAGAAUAAUAUAACGACCUCCAGCAGCACUUCUACUACUUCUACGACUACCUCUACUGUACCAACUUCGACAGUAACCUCUACAACGAGUGCUAAAUCUCAAAUUACUACUGUUAAUGCGACGAUUUCGACAGAUAAGCACAUUACUAAAGAAAAUACUACUCGUCGUCCUAACGAUAAAGUUUCAAUUAUUCCAACAACAGAUGUUCCAUAUCAUACUUGGGAGUUAGUAAAUACAUCUACAAACGAAAAUGAUACUUUUUCUAAAAAUUCUCCAGAAAAAUUUUACAACGAUACUUUACAAGCGAUUAUAACAAGAAAUGAUGCUACUUUCCCCAACACAACACCGAAAUUCCCAAGUAAGAUUUCAGUAUUAAGAAAUUUAACAGACCUUAUCAAGAAAUAUACACAAAGCACAAAGAAACCAGUAACUACAUUGCCUACAUCGUCAACUCCGGUAAUUGAUAAAGUAGUUGUUGACGAUAGUGAUGAUAACGAACCUAUUGAAAUUAGGGGAUCAGUUGAGGUAAUUCCUGAGGAAGAGAUUGAGAGUACUACAGCAAGAGUGAUAACUUUAAUGCCUGUUAAAUCAAAUUUAGGCGUAAAUAGACCUUUAAGACCUAGACCAAAGAUAAAAAAUGAACCACCAGUUGUGAAAGAAAACUUGCGUAGUUUUUUUAAUAAUGCAGUUCAAGCACAAAAACUAAUUGAAGAAUUAAAUACAGAGAAUUACAUACCUGCUUUUAAUCAAACAAGCGUCGAUGAUGACAGCUUAGAAAUAACAACUUCUGCAGAUAAUGAUGCAUACGAAACAGUCAACCAUGAAGUGAUCGCAAGUAUGCCUGAUCACAUAAAUAAUGGUGCCCACGUCCCAGUUACUAGUAAUAGAUUUCCUAAAUCUAGUAGUGAUUUACUGCCAUCAACUCUAAGUGAUGAAUAUUUUUCUCCGGACAAGUUUUACAGUAGCGAUAAAACUAUUCCUGAGGGAACAUACAGAGUGUCGUAUCACGUAACCGGAAGUGUCAGCAGUAAGCAAGCAAACAAAACCCAAAACCUACCAGCGUAUGAGCUGGCUCUAGAACCUGAUGUCGUUUUAGAAAUCCCUAUAAAUCAAUCAAACACCCUAACAUUUGAUAAAUUGAAACAAUUAGCAAGUCUAGCUACAAUUACGGAUUACAGUAACAGCAGUUUAUUUCGUCGUCCCGGAAGUGUGAUAUCCACUAAAGCCAUACCCUCAAGUUAUACACUUAAUCAAGCCGGAUUUAAAAUAUUGACGAAAACCUACCAUAAAACACAACCUUCAAAACAAGAGGAUAAUAGUUUUAAUAUACCAGAAAAAACGCACAGCAAACCAUUCAAGCCACAGAAGGAAAAAGAAGUACUAAAUGCUGUUGAAGAAGAAGAUUGCAGUAAUACCACAUCAUUUCGUUGUGCAAGUGGUCUUUGCUUGCCGAACACGUCCAGAUGCAAUCGCCUCAUGGAUUGCCCGGGCGGGGAAGACGAGCGAGCUUGUUCCUGCGCCGACUAUUUGCGCGCAGAUUUUGCUCAAGCAAAGAUCUGUGACGGGGUAGUAGACUGCUGGGAUUACUCGGAUGAAAAUAAAUGUGAGUGGUGUAACGAAAACCAAUAUGUUUGCUCCAAUGCACGACAGUGUAUUGAUAUGUCGCGAGUUUGUGAUGGAACACCAGACUGCCCUCUCGGUGAUGAUGAAAAAACUUGCGUAGCUCUAUCCGAUGAAAUAGAAAAUAAUGAAGUUGUACCAUAUAAUGAAGAAGGGUUCGUGAUGGUACGAAAACGUGGUGAAUGGGGUCGCUUGUGUGUGGAGAACUUUGCGGAUGUUGUAGCUGAAGCUCAUAGUUCCUUGCAACUACCAGAUCUUGGUAGAGCAAUAUGUCGCGCCAUGACUUUCGGUGGUUCGAGAUGGUCGCGUGAAGCGCGUGAGGGUCGCGGCAUCAGUACCGCGGGGUACUGGGAGGUGUGGCACAACGCGGCGGCGCGCGCUGCCGACACCAGGCUGACGUUCCGGCGCGCCGAGUGCCCGCGACGCCGCGCGCUGCGCGUGCGCUGCCAGGACCUCGCUUGUGGCGUUAGGCCCCAUGCUGACGUGCAACAACCUAGGCGUGUAACUGACGAGCGCGUGCGGUGGGGCAGGGUGGUGGGCGGCGGCGGCGCGGCGGCGGGCGCCUGGCCCUGGCAAGCGGCGCUAUACCGGGACGGCGACUUCCAGUGCGGAGCCACGCUCAUCGCCGACCAGUGGCUGCUCUCCGCCAGCCAUUGCUUCUACCAAGCAACGGAAGCGCACUGGGUGGCGCGACUGGGAGCUCUGAGACGCGGGGCGUGGCCGCGCGGGCCGUGGGAGCGCGUGGCGCGCGUGCGCCAGCUGGUGCUGCACCCGCGGUACGCAGCCCGCGGUUUCCGCAACGACAUCGCGCUACUGCGCGUGGACCGGCUGCAGCUGCACGCGCGCCUGCGCCCCGCCUGCCUGCCGCCGCUGCGCGCGCCCCCGCCCGCCGGCACGCACUGCAGCGUCGUCGGUUGGGGACAGCUGUACGAACAUGAGCGGGUCUUUCCGGACACGCUGCAAGAAGUGGAGUUGCCGGUGAUAUCGACGGCGGAGUGUCGGCGGCGCACGCGUCUGCUGCCGCUCUACCGCGUCACUGAAGACAUGUUCUGCGCGGGCUACGAGCGCGGCGGCCGCGACGCCUGUCUCGGAGACUCCGGCGGACCUCUCAUGUGCCAGGAGGAUGGCAAAUGGUACAUUUACGGCGUGACGAGCAACGGGUACGGAUGUGCGCGCGCGAAUCGCCCCGGCGUCUACACCAAAGUCUCUAAUUACAUCGAGUGGAUCGACAGCGUUAUAGAAAAGUACACGCCGCGCAACAAGAACGACACAUACAACGAAGACGACGAUAAUAAAUCAAACGAAGACUUCUAUGCCGACUUGGAGACAGCAGAGAACAGAAGGCGCGCGUACUUCGAUACGUGUAAAGGUUUUAGAUGUCCACUAGGGGAAUGUCUGCCUACAUCCAGUGUAUGCAACGGCUUUCUAGAAUGUUCCGAUGGUAGCGACGAAUCCAAUUGCCACGAAGCUGCACUUAACAGUUCUAGUAUCGACCCUGAUUGAUUGUGGAAGAAAAGCGACUCUUUGUCAUUUUUAGUAUAGUCGAUGUAAAGAGCAAGUUGUAAUGUAUAAGCCAGUACUUAAAUGUAGAAUAUUUUCAUUGAUUUCGACUGAUUUGCAUUGUAAGUAGCGUUAAGUUAUAUUCCGACUAAAGCUACAGUCUCUGAUCACUUAUCUUCCAAGUAGUAAAAGUCUAAAAAACCACUUAAGCCAUACAAAAUGUGGGCAUUGUAUAUAUAGUUUGUAAAUUAGCCCAGAAUCUUUAUAUUUUACUGUUAAAAGCCUAUUUAAAACCUAUUUAUUGCAUUACAUGGAUAACCUUUUCCGUUUGAGCGAUUCCCAUUCAAAUGGACGACGUCAUCCAUGAACUAAAUAAAAUGAUUCUUUUAA